GUCAUUUGGUUCGACAUCUGUUUAUCUGCUGCCAGAUCAAUAUUUACAGUAACCGAUUUCAAAGAUAUCGUUGGUCUUCGUAUCUUUUCGGUAUUCCUGGAUCCGAUGUCCUCCAGCAGAAGACGUGUGUUGGAUCUUUACAAGCGGUUGCAAUAUCUCGGCCGUGAAUAUCCUGGGGGAGCGGAUAAAUUCCGACAGAAGUGCUAUAAUGCAUUCAAACGACAGAGCACAGAAACCAACCCGGAAAAGAUCGAAAAGGCAAUCGGGCUUGGCGAAUACGUGAUUAAGGAAAUCGAAGCGUUGUAUAGUUUGAGAAAAUAUCGCGCUAUGAAGAAACGAUACUAUGACCGUUGAUGACGUGACCUUUGACGCCCUUUGGGGAUAUGAUUGUGUUGUUGAGAAUAUUAAUUUGGAAAAUAUAUGAAAAUCUACCUCUUUGAUCGUUACCACGA